CCGCCUGAGAAGAAGAGGGGGCAAAGAAAGGGAGGAGAAGAAGAGCAAAUAACUGUGAACCAUAGUGAUAACUGAACGUUGUAAAUCAGGCAGCGCUGCAGUCCAGAGACACGUUUGUUCUCUCCCAUCUAUUCUGCACCGUCCAAUACAAUCCAGAGUCAUUUGAAGAUGACACUGAAGAUGAGAACUCCAUCUACACUCUUGACUUCAUUGUCUACCUCUUCUACACCGCCCAUCCUCGACCAGAUCCUGAAGAUCAAUUCAUCUGAACAGCCCAGUGCCAACAUGUCACUUUUGAAACCUCCAGGUAUAGGGAUGUCCUGCUUCACAAUGACAUUUGGUGCCAUCUCCAACCUCACGGCUCUGGGCAUCCUGGCCCGUGUCCGACUUCACCGCCAGUCCAAAGCACCAUUUCUGCUACUAACAGUGGCUUUGCUGGUGGCUGACCUGGGAGGUCAUGUGAUCCUAGGAGCCUUGGCCCUGUAUCGGCACAUGGACUGGAAGAAUGAAACACACUUUGGAGAGCCCACCAAGGAAUUUUGUCAGAUCUUUGGGGCCAGUAUGGUGUUUUUUGGCUUAUGCCCUUUACUGUUAGGCUUUGCCAUGGCAGUGGAGCGCUGUGUCGCCAUCACUCAGCCAUUUUUCCACAGUGCCAUGAUCACAUUGGCUCAUGCAUGGCAAGCGGUGUUAUUUGUGUCCUGUCUUGCACUUGUGCUGGCAGUUCUACCUUUAUCUGGUGUGGGGACAUACACUGUUCAGUAUCCCGGGACAUGGUGUUUCUUGCGUAUCCAUGAUCCACAGUCUACAGGUGACUACAGUCUGGUUCUGGCCUUCUCAUGUCUGGGCCUCACUGCACUCAUUUUUUCCCAGCUCUGCAACAUUGUGAGUAUUGUGGCAUUGCUGCAGGCCAGAAGGAAAUCCUACGAUGUAAAUCCAAAAUCAACAUCUUUCCGUACUCGUCACAUGUCUUCAGCAUCAUCUUCCUCCAUAUUUUUGUCGUUGGAUGUGGAGAUGUUGGUGCAACUGGCAGUGAUCACUGUGGUUUCCUGCGUAUGCUGGAUUCCCUUUCUUAUCCACAUUCUUGUGCUGCAGCUCAAAGAAAGCCCUGAAUCACCAGAACAGUCGAAGGACGGGUUCACUCUGCUGAGCCUGCGUAUGGCCUCCUGGAAUCAGAUCUUGGACCCGUGGGUUUACAUCUUACUGAGGAAAACUGUGCUUUUCAGAAUCUACUCUGCUUUCCACACACAGAGACCCACAGAGACCUUAUAUAGCUCCUCUGCAGACUCACGCAGGAGGACUCUCAGUCUGCACUGACCCUGUUGUUGUUUAACUUUUUCCUGUUUGUGGACUGAAAUAAAUUACUACUUUGGUGUGUGUUGUGAAAAAUGUCGGAGUGUAAAAACUUGGUUGUGUUGUUGUCAGGCCCUGGUGUUGUCCUCAUUGAGAGAGAGCUGAGGGCCCACUGGGCAGCCGUGUGAAUGUGGGACGGAAACAGACUUCCACAACAUUUCACAGAAUGUAGUUAGUAGUCAGAGCCGGUGCUACUAUCAAUAGCGGCCACCUGCAAAUCUGAUGGUUGAGCAACUGGGCGGUGCUAGUGCCGUCCAAUCAAAAUCGAGAACAGCUUGACAAGCGUCGAGU